CGGACGUUGCUUUUUCAGGACCAGGUUGUGCGAGAAGCUAUUGCACUAUGUCAACUGGCGAUUGUACUUAUUGUAAGAAUGGAUGGUACGGAUCAAAAUGCAGGCAACAAUGCAAGAAGUGUUUCGGUGCAUGCUCAAAAGAUUCUGGAAUAUGUACUCACUGUGUUUCAGGAUUUUGGGGACCAGAUUGCACAAAGGACUGUUUAGGGACGUGUGAAAUGUGUGGUAGAUAUGACGGGAAAUGUUUGGUGUGCCGGGACAAAUACUGGGGACCAAGCUGCUCAAGCCUCUGUGACUCCGAAAACUGCGAGAGAUGUGAUGUGAAUACAGGAAUAUGCAAAAAGUGUAAAGCAGGUUACUGGGGUAAGGAUUGUGAGAUACAAUGUAUCAAUUGUAUCGACAAAAAGUGUGAUAUAUCAUCUGGCUUAUGUGAAACGUGUCAGGAGGGGUAUGCAGGCAAAUAUUGCAACAUAAGAUGUGACACGUCUAGAUGUUCAAAUUGGUACUGCAAUAAAAGACAGGGAUUCGCCUGCUCCUCUUGUAAAUAUGGGUAUUGGGGAAACUAUUGUGAAAAGGAAUGUAUCGGAGAAAAUUGCGGACAAUGCAGUAAAUCUGAGGGGAUAUGUAUCACAUGCACUUACGGUUUUUGGGGAGAUUCCUGUGAGAAGAAAUGUCCAGUUAACUGAAGACAAA